AUGAAGUCACGCUUUGCUCUCGGCCUUCUUCUUUUGGGUUGCGGCACGGAGGUGGUCUCCGGCCUCAGCAGGCAGCUCGUGCGCCAGCUCAACUGCCUUCGUAGCGGCCUCUUCACCGACCUGAACUCGCUGUCGCGCGUUUCGCUGUCCACCGCCGCGGCCGCCGUGCCCUACCUGCAGACCUCGGCCGCGUCCGCUCUCCAGCGUGCCGUCAACCAGAGGGGAGUUACGAUGACCAUCAACAGCGCGCUCAGGACUCUGCCCCAGCAGCUCAUGCUCUACACCUGGAUGCUGAGGAAGCAGUGCCGCAUCACCGCCGCCGCUCAGCCCGGCAAGAGCAACCACAACGGUGGUCUGGCUGUCGACAUUCAGGACGCCAACUCGUGGAAGACGGCCAUGACCAACAACGGCUGGACUAAGCUCGGCGACUGGGACCCCAUGCACUACGACUACAACGGUGGUACGGACGUGCGUCAGCUGUCGGUGUUGGCCUUCCAGAAGCUGUGGAACCUGAACAACCCCAACAACAAGCUCACCGAGGACGGCGCUUACGGGUCCAAGACCGAGAACGCCAUUCUCUCGUCGCCGGUGUCCGGCUUCGCCAAGACCAACUGCUAA